UCUGAGCUACUCCACUCUAUCUUUUGACCACUAACCACCACUCAUCAUCUCUCACCUCAAUCUUCAUUCAUCCAUUAAUCCAUUUAAUUAAAACUCUCUCUCUCUCAACUUUACAUUGAUUAGUUUCCACUCCUCCACCUAAACCCCAUCUUCCACUGUCUUCUUCCCCAUGUUCAUUUCUACCAUGUUUCUUCACAAAGUUCAAAUCUUUCACAUACUCACAUUCAUCUCCAACUUCCACACCCUUUUGAGCCACUCCAUAAUCCUCUAAAACUCUCAACUCAACCCUUUUAGCCUUAAAAAGUAACAAAAAACUAUGGGAAGUAAAUGGAGAAAAGUGAAACUAGCCCUUGGUUUAAAUUCUUGUGUUCACAUUCCACAACCUUUAGAUGAUUCCUCCGCCGCAAGAUUCUCCGGCGCCACCUCUUCCGCCGCUUCUUCUCUCGCCGGUGACACCUCCGGUUAUAGUCCAAGUAUUCAAUCACCAUCUUCCUCUGGUUUCCGGUUACUCAAAUCACCUAAGGGUACUUGUGCAAUAUGCCUGAACACAAUGAAACCAGGGAAUGGCCAUGCCAUUUUCACCGCAGAGUGCUCUCAUUCUUUCCAUUUCCACUGUAUCACUUCCAAUGUAAAACAUGGGAACCAAAUUUGCCCCGUUUGUCGAUCAAAAUGGAAAGAAGUUCCUUUUCAGAGCCCGACUCUUAAUCCUCGAAGCAGUCAAUUAACAAGAGAAGAUGGCUGGCCACCUGCCGUAAGGAGGCUUCCUUCUCCCCAAGCUAAUGCAGGUGGACAGAUUUCAUCACUUUAUCACGUUUCUGAACCGGCUAUUUUUGACGAUGAUGAAUCUAUUGAUCAACAUGCUUCAAUUCCUCGCAACAGCAAUAAUAACGAGGCUAAUCACAAUGUAAUAGAUAAAGUUGAGAUCAGAACAUGUCCUGAGGUUUCAUCUGUUCCAAAAUCAGCCUCUUGUGACGCCUUUGCCGUGUUAAUUCAUCUCAAAGCACCUCAGUCAGAGAGUAAACAAAAUAUUCCCGGAAACAAUACGGACUCAUCACCACCUCCGGUUGAAAAGUCUCGUGCUUCAGUAGACCUUGUUACAGUUCUUGAUGUAAGUGGCAGCAUGUUAGGUACUAAACUGGCAUUGCUAAAACGAGCAAUGGGUUUUGUCAUUCAAAAUAUGGGUCCCUCGGACCGUCUGUCUGUCAUUGCAUUCUCCUCCACGGCGCGUCGCAUCUUUCCUCUUCGAAAGAUGACUGAAAUCGGACGGCAAGAGGCCUUACAAGCUGUUAAUUCUUUGGUUUCAAAUGGCGGAACAAACAUUGCUGAAGGCUUGAGGAAAGGUGCAAAAGUGUUUUCCGAUCGUCGGUGGAAGAAUCCAGUUUCCAGCAUCAUAUUACUCUCUGAUGGACAAGAUACAUACACAGUCAAUAGUAGACCCAAUGUCGGAACAAAUUACCAGUCACUUGUCCCAAACACCAUUCACCGUAAUAAUAGCAGUGUAGGCUUGCAGAUACCUGUGCAUGCGUUUGGCUUCGGCGCUGACCACGAUGCUACUUCAAUGCAUUCAAUCUCCGAGAUAUCAGGAGGUACAUUUUCUUUUAUCGAAGCUGAGGACGUAAUUCAGGACGCAUUUGCGCAGUGUAUUGGGGGACUCUUGAGUGUAGUAGUGCAGGAACUACAGUUAGAAAUCAGGUGUGUUCAUCCUCAGCUGCAACUUGGUUCGGUAAAAGCAGGAAGUUAUCGAACUAGUUUGACUACUGAUGGAAGAAUGGCUUCUAUUACUGUCGGAGAUUUGUAUGCCGAAGAAGAGAGGGACUUUUUGGUGACAGUCAAUGUUCCAAUUGAUAGUUCCAAUGAUGAGAUGUCAUUGUUGAAUGUUAAAGGUUUUUAUAGAGAUCCUAUAACAAAGGAAAUGAUAGCAUUGGAAGAAACUAGUGAAGUAAAAAUCGAGAGACCUAACAUAGGCAGAGAACUAGUUGUGUCAAUCGAAGUAGACAGACAGCUAAACAGGCUUCGAGCAGCUGAGGCGAUGGCCGAGGCAAGGGUUGCAGCUGAACGCGGGGAAUUGUCUGCUGCAGUUUCUGUCUUAGAUAGUUGUCAUAAGACAUUGUCUGAAUCAGUUUCUGCUAAAGCUGGUGAUCGGUUAUGCAUUGCACUUGCUGCUGAACUACAGCAAAUGCAGGAGAGAAUGGCGAACCAACAUGUCUAUGAGCAGUCUGGAAGAGCUUAUGUUCUGUCAGGAUUGAGCUCGCAUUCAGCACAAAGAGCAACGACACGAGGGGAUUCUACUGAUAGCUCUAGUCUUUUGCAAUCGUACCAAACUCCUUCUAUGGUUGAUAUGGUGACGCGUUCGCAGACCAUCGUGUUAGGGGCUCCACUAAGGCGAAGCCUCCAGCCUGCUAAAUCAUUUCCUGAAAGGCACAGAAGAUAAUAACAACAGUGCAUUGAGUAAAUUCUGCUUAUCUUAUACAUAAACUUGUGGGAAGACCUUUGGAGAUUACUGUAAUCUUCUUUUAUUUUUUAAUUUUGGUUAUGGCGGGGGUAUAAUUAAAAGGAAGGAAAUUUUGGGUUGGGGGAUAUAAAAAUUCCUGAUUUUUGCCAGUAUAAAUUGUAGAUGCAGAGAAUGGUGAAAAAGGGUAAGUCUAAUUUUUUCAGUGUGAUUGAGUGAUGUACAUAAUUUGCUAUUUUCAGUUGAACUGGGCUGGUGAAUUUUUUUUCACUUGAUUAUAUGCAUGUUGAUGUGAUAUACUUAAUUUUCAUAUGUGGUGAUCUUUAGGCUUUUCUA